AUGUCUAUCCUACAUAACCCAGAACAAGAUACGAACAAAACAGUUGUGAAUAUUUUGCAAAUUUUGCUCAAAGAUGCUCCUGUUUGUGGCACAAAUGCAGUUGUUGUUAUUGGUGCAUCACUUGAAGAAGCUGUUCCUAUACCAUGUCGUGUUAACUCAGAUCCACCAGAAAUUGAUUUCGAAUGGACAUUUUCAAGUAGUGGUGAACAUUUUGAAGUGCCGUCAGGACAUUAUGCCACUAUACAGGAGGCAACCACAACAGGCGAUAUACAUCGAACCAUUGUCGAGGCAAAUGACACACACUUCGAGACAUACGUUGAGACUGUAAGUGAGCUGAUAUAUACGCCAAAGGGUGAAAGGGAUUACGGUACACUGGCGUGUUGGGGCCGAAACUCAAUUGGCAAACAAUCGGAGCCGUGCCUGUUUCAGGUUGUACCAGCAGCCAAACCUGGUGCUCUACGCAAUUGUACAUUGCGUCCAUACGUGGUAACGUCAGCAUCGCUCAAUUCAUCGAAUCAGACAACAAUGCACAGCAAUCAAAUAUUACCAACGCAAUAUGGACAUCAUGAAUCAAAUUUUCCACAUAUGGAAUAUGUACGUGAGCGACAUCCAAACAACAAUAGCAUCAAUAACAGCAAAAGCAAUAGCAAUAGCAACAGCAACAGCAACGGCAACAGCAACAGCAACGACAACGGAAAUAUUAAGAAUGAUAGCAACAGCUCCGGUAAUAAUGUUAGGCAUGGCACCAGCAUAAAUAACAACAGAAAAACUAAUAAUAAAAUCAACAAUGCUAAUCAACAACAUAAAAAAUCUGCAGCGACAACAACAACAACAAACACAAAAGACUAUCAACAACAGCGACAACAAACAUAUCUACAACAACCAUUAAUGAAUAAGCAACAAUUGCAACGCCUUAAAAAACGCACAUCAUUUACGCCAUCGCAAACACUAGCAGCAAUCAAGAAGCAGCAACUACGUAAACAACAACAAAAACAACAUAAUAAGCUAAACAACAACCAAAUGAUUGUCGAUGUGAGCAACUACAAUAUAGCUGUCGCAGCACCAUCCUCAUCAGCAGCAUCAUCAGCAUCAGUAGCAGGAGCAGGAGCAGCAGCAGCAUCAAUAGUAGCAUCAUCAUCAUCAUCGGUAGAAGCGACAUUGUCAGCUUCAACAACAAUGUCAUAUAUCAAUAACAAAACUGAUGGAUCAUCAACUAAGGCACGAGUGGACAAUAAGCGCAGAGUGAAACGUGCUACUGAUGAGGCACAAAAGACAACAUACAAUAACACAAAGAAAUCGGUAAGAAUAUCUACAGCAACAGCAACAACAUCAACAGCAAUAAGAACAGAGAAGAAGAAUAAGUUAAAACAUACAACUAAGAAACAAAAAUCAAAUUUAUCACUGUCGAGCGAUAGGAAAUGGCAGAAAAAUAAAAAUAUGGCAACUGCUGAGAACAUUCUUAUUGGUAAUGGUGAAAGUAACAACAACAAUAAUAACAACAGCAACAGCAACAACACUAGUAACAGCAUUAGCAAUAGAAGCAGAAGUAAUAUGGUAGAAAAAUAUCAUAAUAACCGUCGUAAAAACACGCAUAAACGUGAGGUAAGUCCGACGAGGGUAAUCCAUCAUUAUGAAAGAGAAACGGAAACGGAAGUUGAUGCAGCUAGAAUCGCAAAAAGAGAAACUGCAACUGCAGCAGUUGUCGUUAAGCACACAAAUGCAACAAAAAGAACAAGUAAACAUCUUGCAAAUGCAAAAACAUCAAUAAUAGCUGCACAAUAUGAAAGUCAACAACAGCAACACCAACAACACCAACAACACGAGCAACACCAACAACAUCAGCAGUAUAGUAAACCAGGACAACAUGAAGAAACAUUGCAGCAGCAACUUACAACUCAGCGAGAAUUUAAUGACUUUAGCAACAAGAACAAGAACAAGAACAAGAACAAGGACAACGAAUUACGAAAGCAACGAAAUGCAGACAAUGCCAAAAAGGACAAUUUAGAAAAAAUACGCAUACGUAAAUCAUUGACAAUGCAAAAUAAUAUGGAACGGCAUACCAUUGCCAGCAAAAACAAAAAUGGCAGCAAUAGCAAUAACAAUAAUGUUGCAAGCAAUAUAAAAAUACCGAAUGCACCUUUAAUAAGCAACAACAAUAACAAUAGCAAUAUGAAAGGACAAGAAAGUCAACAGGAACACAAACAACGAAAUACAAAAUCCAACGAAUUGAAUGUUGCUAAUAUUAAUAGUGCCAUUGUCAACAAUAUGCAGCAAACAAUAAAUGAUCUUAAUCAAAUAGAAGAUAUUGUUGCUAGCAAUAUUGUUGAUUCUGAAUCCGUCAACGACAUAUUCGAUAGCAAUUUUACCAAUAAUGAUGAGGAUAUUGAUGCUGAUAUUGAUGUUGAUGCUGAUGCUGAUGCAGAAGCUGACGCUGAAGCUGAAGCAGUAGCUGAAACUGAAACUGACAUGGAAGUUGAAAAUGAAGUAGAAGCUGAUUUAGAUGCUGACACAGAAACUGAUGAUGAUGAUGAUGAUGAUAAUGGUAUGGAGGAUGAAGAAAUUGAAGAUGAUGUUGCAUUAUUAAAUGCUUUGGAUGAUGCUGCAACAAUGCAGUCACACCAUCAGCAGCAACAACAACUAUUAUUACAACAGCAGCAACAAGAGCAAUAUGUUCAAGAACCGCAUUUUGAUUAUUCACGCAUGGAAUACAGCUUUAGUAAUGGUGUAGCCACACAUAGUCUAAUCGGUGGCAAUAGUGUUGAUAUGGGUGAAGGCGGCAGCAUCAAUAUGGAAAAUAACGAUAAUAUCGUUUAUUCAACCAUGGAAUUGGAAUGUAUGCCCGGUUAUGAUGGUGGCUUGCAGCAGCAAUUCUUUUUAGAGGCAUAUGAUUCGAAAACAAAGAAAUUACGCUUAAAUACGACAAGCACGUACUCGGAUGUGCCCAUAUUCCGCAUUGAUUUAAGUGACCUAACAUCAAUGGAUUACUAUCCUGAUCCCAAUCCAGCACUGCAUCUCGUUGUCUACAGUGUUAAUCAAAAAGGGCGCUCAGAGCCAAUUGUGCUUGAGAACAUACCAAUUAAUGAGGCGGAAAAGCGCACAGGUAAGCACAAAAUAGACUUUCACCAAACACCCAAGAAAGCGAAAAGUACGCGGAAAUUUAUCGCUUCAUUGCAAUAA